CUUCACUAUCAGAGGAGAGAGAGGAGAGAGUGUGAGAGAGUCAGCUGUUGAGAUCAAGCUCAAGAAAAAAAAAAAACACCCCUAGAGAAGGAAUAAGAAAGAAAACCCAAGAAGAGGAAGAAAAGGCAUCAUGGGUCGACCACCUUGCUGUGACAAAAUGGGUAUGAAGAAGGGCCCUUGGACACCUGAAGAAGAUAUUAUCUUGGUCUCUUACAUUCAAGAACAUGGUGCUGGGAAUUGGAGGGCUGUUCCUACUAACACAGGGUUGCUUAGAUGUAGCAAGAGCUGCAGGCUUAGGUGGACAAACUACCUUAGGCCCGGGAUCAAACGUGGCAACUUCACUGAUACUGAGGAGGAGAAGAUCAUCCACCUUCAAGCUCUCUUGGGCAAUAGAUGGGCUGCCAUAGCUUCUUACCUACCUCAAAGAACAGACAAUGAUAUCAAGAACUACUGGAAUACCUACUUGAAGAAAAAGCUUAAGAAGCUCCAAACAUGUGUGGAUGGCCAUAUGAGCAAUGGGACCUCAGGCCCACAGCCCAUCUCCAAAGGACAAUGGGAGAGAAGGCUCCAAACUGACAUUCACAUGGCCAAGCAAGCUCUAUGUGAGGCCUUGUCCAUUGAGAAAUCAGACCUUUUGGACCCAAAGGCUACCCAUGGCUCCCAAUCCCACACCAGACCGCUCCAACCAUCUACCUAUGCAUGGAGCACAGAUACUGUAUCCCGAUUGCUUGAAGGAUGGAUGAGGAAUUCUCCGAAGAAGAUACGACAAACGGCGUUCGAGAUGGACCGUAGUUCAUUCAAUAAAGGGAUCGGCGCAAAUUCUAACUCUAGCGAAGAGAAUCCAAGCACUGUGAAGAAUGGCGUUAUAUCAUCAGAGGCUCUUGAAUCGCUGUUCAGCUUCGAUGAGUCUUCGAUGACGCCGGACACAUCUCAGUCAGUGUCUCUAGAUGAGAAUGCGAAUAAUGCAACCGAUAUGGGCUUUUGCCAAGCUGAAAGCAAGCCCAAUUCAGAGGCCCAAGGCCCACUUUCCGUGCUUGAGAAAUGGCUGUUGGGACACGAUGACAUGAUAGAGAUGCCAGUAGAUGAGACUGCUGACUUGUUUUGAAAGGUUUUUCUUAUUUUGGGUCUUUGGAUAUUCUUUCCAUCUUUGAUUUGGGUUUUGAUUCUUUGUUUUGUUACAAGGCCUUGAACUAAUUGAAGAUAUCUCUUGCUUGGGGCUUAUCAGAAAGACAUACCCAAAUCCAAGAAAAGAAAUGUAAAAUACAAAAAUUCUACAAAAAUAUAUGUAUUGAAUU